AUACAUGCUAUUGUGGGUGGGAAUCAAAGUUCAGGGGACCGCGGUUUGUGCAAACAGACGGAGGCAGGGUAACCAGGCACCGAUUUGUAAUCAGUUCUGAAGGCAAACUCGCUUUUGGAACUGGCGCAUUAUGGAAAAUGUCGUCGUUUUAAAACUUCUCGUCUUGUUCCUCGUCUUCCCACUCACGUUAGUUGCGUCUUGUUUGCCCGUCUGUUUAGCGCGGCGAUCCUUGCGGAGGAAAGGCGAACUGCAACACCGCAAACCAAGCAGAGUUCUGAGCCUCCUGAACUGUCUUGCAGGUGGGGUUUUCUUGGGAACCUGUCUGCUAGACCUGGUGCCGAGUGUAGAGGAACAGCUACAAACAGUUGUCUCAAGUUUUGUGAAGUUUCCUGGCUUCCCACUAGCACAGUUUGUAAUCGGUGCAGGACUACUUCUUAUUCUAUCCGUGGAACAGUUUACCGCAAAGUACAAUGACGGUCAACCCACAACAACAGACAGACCCCCCGAUGACACAACAGAGCAAGACCUAGAGAUGGACAUCUUUUCUCACGAAGUCGAACACUGGGGACUCCUUGGCGAUGAAAAUAGAUCCCAUAAAACGACCAACCUAAGGUCGUGGACUCUUGCUAUCGCCAUUUCCAUGCACUCCAUAUUCGAGGGCUUGGCAGUGGGAUUGCAGCAGAACGUAACGGACGUUUUGGAGCUUGUGGCGGCGGUGGCCCUCCAUAAGUGUGUUCUAGCGUUCGGGCUAGGAUUGACCUUAGUACAGAGUAACCUUGGGAAGAAGUCUGUGGCAGGUCUAUGCUUGACGUUUGCAGUAACCGCUCCUAUAGGUAUCGGGAUCGGGACGUUGGUUGAGCACGGCGCCCAAACUUCACACAGUUCUGUGGUGAGCGGGGUCCUACAGGGGCUGGCCACAGGGACACUUCUCUACGUCACGUUCUUAGAGAUCCUGGCACGGGAACUGCACGGGAGGAACGACAGAAUUCUAAAAGUCUUCUUGGUGACUACCGGCUACGCUAUCGUCUGUGGACUGAUGCUUCUUGACCCGGAAGCGAAAGAGCCAUUAGAACGUUGCGAUGAGGGAUCUCUCUGACAGUAGACAAUAUAUUUCCGGUUACACGUUAACCCUAUAACCGAUAUAGUACAUUCGUACAUGCUACUUUUGAUGAUACUGGCUACAAUUCGAAGCGUAUUGCUGCUAUCGGCAUUCAAUAUUUUUUUUGCUGCUGUUGUACAACAAUAUCAUAUUGCCAGAAUAAAAGUACAUGUAUUGGGACUUAAAUAAAAAUGUACACAUGUAUGAUCAACAUACGAGUAACAUAGAUCACCUACACACUUUAAAAUAAAAA